AUGCCAUCACGACCCCAUCCCGAUCUCACUUACCCUCUUUUACCAGAUGCACAAGAUGAUUUACCGAUACCGACAUCAGCCAGACCCAUACGCCAGGGAGGGAUGUCCCUCCGUCCCGAAGAUGAGGAAUACGAGUGGCCAGAAGCUGGACCGUCUACUGUGAAAGCCAAAAGUCACAAUAGGGUAGGACCGUUCGGUGCGAAAGCUGUUGCUGCCAUGACGGGUGCUAUGGCCACUUCCUUGUUGAUGACCCCUUUCGACGUACUUAAAACUCGAUUACAAACUGUCCCUCCUCAUCCCCGACCUGAAAUAACUCUCUCACCUACACCACUAGCCGAAGAGUGCUGUCAAACGACUAUCCUUUCCCAACCACCUCAUGAACUUCGUAUAUCCCCUUUAACAUGUCAGAGUCAAUCAACAGCACUACACUCUUCAUCUACGAACACCCAGCAUCUUUCGUUCGCUAGUGUACGGCCAAAUCAUAUAUUGCCAAUGGAAGCUCCCGAGGGAUGUCUGCAUCCUUCGAAAUGGGCUGGGAUAUGGGGUGAAGCGUUGACUUUGAAAAAUGCUAUUGCCAACCCUUCCCAAAUGAGGACUGGAGGUGGAGGGGUGGGAGUUUUAAGGAUACCGGUACAGCAGGAAGAGAGUCAAGUGAUGAGAGGGUUCUUCAGUGAAUUGGCGGCGGUGAGGAAAGAAAACGGGAUAAGGGGAUUGUGGAAGGGUGUCGGCACUGCUAUAACAAUGGGUAUACCCUCCUCGGCAAUCUACAUGCUAGGUUACGAACAGCUCCUCACAGUCGUUUCACCCUAUUUCACCGGAUCUCUGACACCUGCUCCGUUGAUUGCUGGUAGUCUGGCUAGAACUCUAAGUGCGACGGUGAUCAGUCCGAUUGAAAUGUUCAGGACGAGGUUACAGGCUUUGCCAAGUGUCGAACGAGGCACACCCACCUACGCAUCAACAGCUAAAGAUAUGACUCAACUCGUUCAGACAAAGGGCGUUACUAUCUUAUGGAGAGGUUUAGGUCCGACAUUAUGGAGAGAUGUCCCAUUCUCAGGUAUAUACUGGGCAUCCUUCGAACUACUCAAAUCGUAUCUCAUUUCCCCCUCCUCACCCCUCCCACCAUUAUCUCCAAUAACCACAUCGUUCAUAUCGGGGUUCGUCUCCGGUACAUUAUCAGCGAUCGUCACUCAACCUUUUGACGUAUUGAAAACCCGUCGUCAGGUAUUCAACCCUUCUCCUGAAUGUGUGACCACCCGAGCUGCGACGAUACCACUGGCGAUGCACGUGAUUAGGACUGAAGGGUGGCAGGCGCUCUUUGCUGGAUUAAGUGCAAGAUGCGGUAAGGUCGCGCCGGCUUGUGGGUUGAUGAUUGCUUGUUAUGAAGGUGUGGGGAGAUGGCUUGGAGGGAGGAAUGAAGAGUAG